AUGGUCAGUUGCACGAUUCGCAAGCAGCCCCACACCGCUACUCCGCUUGGGAGCAUCGGGCUGACCUCGUCGUCUCUGCUCUUGUAUUGCAGGACCAACAACCGCCUUCGACCGAGAUUGUCACUCUCACCUCGGUAAGCUCGGGGACGUUGCGCGGCGGGGCUCGAACAGCAUGGUCGAAGCAAGCUGCUUCCGAGUGCCGCCGCUCCACACGACCACGCUUCGAACGGCAUCGGCUGACGUGCCGCUCCUCUGGCCCCGUCGUUCGUUCCCUGCCCGCAAUAGCAUGUGCUGCAAUCGCAACAACACUCCCCCGCCGCGACCGGUGACUUGACCAUCCUCCUCACCGCCGUCCAAACCACGUGCAAGUUCAUCGCGACCAACGUCCGCCGUGCCGGUCUGUUGAACCUGUGAGUUUCGAACUCGAGCUCGACCAGAUCGCUCGCGGUGCUUCGGACCGCGGCACUCGUGUCGUCGCAGCCCAGCUUGCACGAUUUGAUUUCAGACGAUGGUGGUCCAUUGGUUUCAUAAGCUUGCUUGCCCACGUCUUUUCGCUCUUGAAACUCUAUCGCAUCUUGCACCAUUUUUAUUCGCUCGUCCAAGUCCUUUCCGGCCCGACGGUUACGGCUACUGACGCCGUUCCUCGGUUGCCCUCCCGGCCCGCGCCGGCUACCUUUCCCGCUUCGAUUUCAUGGCAAUGCAGCAUCGGUGCUGCCGGCACCGCCAACGUCCAAGGCGAGGACCAAAAGAAGCUCGACAUUCUGGUGAGCAAUAUGGGUUUGCAAACCUUGUAUGAUACGCACAUCGUAGCUAAUGGCUGUUCGUAUCCGCUCCGAACCCGGCCCUCCACGUCAUAGUCGAACGACAUCAUGAUCAACUCGCUCAGGGCAUGUGGUCAGUAAAUAUCAUGCAGUCGAAUCAGAGAAUGGAAUUAGAGGGAAUGUGCUAAAUUUAUUCCGGUUCUACGCGACCACAGGAAAAUGCUCGGUUCUCAUCUCCGAGGAGAACGAUGACCCCAUCUUGAUCGACAUCCCGUACCGUGGAAAGUACUGCGUCGUAUUUGACCCUCUCGAUGGAUCGUGAGUCAAUGCUGGUUUGAACGGCAUUCUGGUCUUGGAAUUGUGAAUGCUGAUUGCUCCGGGGUGCUCCGACUCGCCUGCGGACAGCUCCAACAUCGACGCCGGUGUCAAUAUCGGUACCAUCUUUGGUAUCUACAAGGUCCAAGAGGGCUCGGAUGGUCAGGUCUCGGACGUGCUUCGCCCUGGAAAGGAGAUGGUCGCUGCUGGGUAAGCGCGAAUCGCUUCAGAAACUGCAGUUCAGCUCGGUUACAGUGUAGCUCAUGGUGGAUGGCUCUCCGUGUUUCAGCUACUGCAUGUACGGAUCGUCCGCCAACCUUGUCAUCUCGACUGGUAAGGGUGUUGACGGUUACACUCUCGAUAACGUGAGUCAGACGGCCGCCCUCGAAACGCCGUGGAGCCGCAGCGGCUGAACUGCUCGGAACACCGUACUUGUGCAGGGCAUUGGAGAGUUCAUCCUCACACACCCCAACAUCCGCAUCCCUCCCCGCGGCAAGAUCUACUCUUUCAACGAAGGCAACACCCUCUUCUUCCACGAGUGAGUACCGCCUCAUUCGGUCUCGGCGUCGCUCUUUGUAGAAGAAGAGCUCACAUGAGACUAUCACCCCACCAGGCCGGUAAAGAAGUAUCUCGAAUCGGUCAAGAACCCGGCAAAUGGCAAGCCCUAUUCCGCGCGCUACAUUGGCUCCAUGGUCGCAGACGUUCACCGCACCUUGUUGUACGGCGGCAUCUUCGGUUACCCUGAAGACAAGAAGUCCAAGUCGGGCAAGCUGCGUCUCUUGUACGAAGGGUUCCCAAUGGCCUUUUUGACUGAACAGGCGGGAGGGUUGGCCACGACGGGGAGGGAGAGGAUCUUGGAUAUUGUCCCGACGGGGAUUCAUCAGAGGAUCCCCGUCUUCCUUGGGUCCAAGGAGGAUGUCGAGGACGUGUUGAAGUUCUAUGCUUGA